AGUGACCUGUAGAGUCAGGUCAUGUGACAGAAUGGAGGCGUCGCUGAAAACAUUCACCCGUUCACCACAUACACACACCACCAGGGACCCAGUCCAUUUCACAAUAAACGGAUAAGGUGACAAACAGGUCUGAUCAACUCCGUGAAUAACGUUCAUUUCCUCACAUCGCAAUGAAAUGAGGGGAGCAUGGGGGCCAAAGAGUCGAGGAUAGGAUUCCUGUCGUAUGACGAGGCCGUCAAGAGAGUCACUGAUGUGGAACUGAAACGGCUGAAAGAUGCCUUCAAGAGAACCAGCGGCAUCACCUAUUACAUGACCCAGCAGUGCUUCUACAGGGAAGUGCUGGGAGAUGGGGUUCCACAUAAAGUUGCAGAGGUGAUCUACACCUCAUUUGGAGGCUCUUCUAAAGGGCUGCACUUCAACAAUCUGAUAGUGGGUCUGGUGCUUCUGACCCGAGGACGCGAUGAGGAGAAGGCUAAAUACCUCUUCAGCCUGUUUGCCAGUGAUCUAGGCGGAUACGCUGCAAGGGAAGAUAUAGAAGCAGUUCUGCAGGUCCUGGAUGGAGAAGUCCCAACCUCCCUCAAGAAGUGCUUCAGUGAGGGUGAUAAAGUGAACUAUGAGCGCUUCAGGAGCUGGCUGCUACAGAACAAGGAGGCCUUCACUUUGUCCAGAUGGCUUCUGUCUGGAGGAGUGUGUGUCACGCUCACAGAUGACAGUGACACGCCCACCUUCUACCAGACCCUGGCUGGCGUUACACACUUGGAGGAGUCAGACAUUAUAGAUUUGGAGAAGCGCUACUGGCUGCUGAAAGCCCAGUCCAGAACCGGCCGCUUUGACUUGGAAACCUUUGUCCCUCUGGUCUCUCCUCCAAUCCAUGCCUCACUGAGUGAAGGCUUAUUUCACGCUUUUGAUGAGAAUCGGGACAAUCACAUCGACUUUAAAGAGAUAUCUUGUGGACUGUCUGCGAGCUGCAGGGGGCCCAUUGCUGAAAGACAGAAAUUUUGCUUCAAAGUGUUCGAUGUGGACCGUGAUGGGAUUCUGUCUCGAGAUGAACUCCAUGAAAUGGUGGUGGCCUUGCUGGAGGUGUGGAAGGACAAUCGCACAGACACACUCCCUGAGCUGCACAGUAGCGUGUCAGACAUCGUAGAGGACAUUCUGAAGAUGCAUGACACAACCAAGCUGGGUCACUUGACCCUGGAGGACUACCAGAUCUGGAGCGUGAAGAGUGCUUUGGCCAAUGAGUUCUUAAACCUCCUUUUCCAGGUCUGCCACAUAGUCCUAGGGCUCAGGCCCGGUACUCCCGAGGAGGAGGGACAGAUCAUCAGGGGUUGGUUAGAGAGGGAGAGCAGACAUGGGCUGCAGCAGGGUCAGAACUGGUUCCUCAUCUCCAUGCUGUGGUGGCAGCAGUGGAAGGACUACGUUAAAUACGGCAGUCCCUGCUGUUAUCUUCCUGUCCAGGAGCAUAAGGGCAUCGUGGUGGAGCAGCCGUCCAUCCUGAGCUCAUUACGAACUCCAAUGGCCACAGCCACUAUAGAGCCCAUCCCACCAGACAGACUAGGAGGACUGGGAACCUUCAGCCCAGUCAGCCCCACCGAGGAGAGGUCACCUGAUGCUGUGUCGAGCGCCUCGGAGGCUACAGAGAUCGCAGCCCUGAGCCCCCAGGUAGCUCCCUCAGCUACAGAGAGCUGUUUUGCCCGUCAGCACAACAUAUCAGACAACAACAAUCAGUGUUUUUCUGGAGCCAACGGACACCUCCCCUCCCAGCUUGCAGCACAACGACCUGGAGCCAUCGACAACCAGUCUCUGGUCAACACUGACCCCAUGAAGGCCCCGACGUUAACCAUGGAGGGUGGCAGGCUGAAGCGCUCCCUGCAGCUGGCGCCUGGUAGAGACUUUGAGAUGGUGCCAGAGCCGGUGUGGCGGGCGCUCUACCACUGGUAUGGUGCCAACCUCAGCCUGCCGCGCCCGGUUAUCCUGGAGAGCAAGACGGGCCAAGCAGAGCUGGAGCUCUUUCCACGCUACCUCCUCUUCCUCCGCCAGCAGCCGGCCACACGCUCCCCCCAGUCCAACAUCUGGGUCAAUAUGGGUAUGACCAGCCUGCGAAUGUUCCCACCGUAUUUGCCCCCACCAAGAGCAGGUAGUGUGCCAUCCCCCAACGCUCCUCUGAAGAGGGUGCUGGCCUACACAGGCUGCUUCAGCCGCAUGGGCACCAUCAAGGACAUCCACCUCUACCUGUCCCAGAGACUCCGCAUCAAGGAAGAGGACAUGAGACUCUGGCUCUACAACAGUGAGAACUACCUCACGCUCCUAGACGAUGAAGAUCACACAUUGGAAAGCCUGAAGAUUCAGGAUGAGCAGCAGCUAGUUAUUGAAGUCAGGAACAAAGACAUGAGUUGGCCUGAGGAAAUGUCUUUCAUUGCCAACAGUAGUAAGAUGGACAGACACAAAGUUCCUACAGAGAAGGGAGCCACUGGCCUUAGUAACCUUGGCAACACCUGCUUCAUGAACUCCAGCAUCCAGUGUGUGAGCAACACCAAGCCUCUCACAGACUACUUCAUCUCAGGGAGACACCUCUAUGAGCUCAACAGAACCAACCCCAUUGGGAUGCGAGGUCACAUGGCCAAAUGUUAUGGUGACUUGGUGAUGGAGCUGUGGAGUGGGACACAGAAGAACUUGGCUCCGCUCAAACUUAGAUGGACGAUAGCAAAGUACGCGCCGCGCUUUAAUGGCUUCCAGCAGCAGGACUCCCAGGAACUGCUGGCCUUCCUGCUGGACGGUCUGCACGAAGAUCUGAACAGAGUCCAUGAGAAACCCUACGUGGAGCUGAAGGAUAGCGAUGGCCGGCCCGACUGGGAGGUGGCCUCUGAGGCGUGGGAGAACCACCUGCGGAGGAACCGCUCCAUCGUGGUGGACCUCUUCCAUGGUCAGCUCAAGUCCCAGGUGAAGUGUAAGACAUGCGGACACAUCAGUGCUCGCUUCGACCCCUUCAACUUCCUGUCUCUGCCCCUGCCCAUGGACAGCUCAAUGCAUCUGGAGAUCACUGUCAUUAAACUGGACGGCUCCACGCCUGUGCGCUACGGCCUGAGGUUGAAUAUGGACGAGAAGUACACAGGACUGAAGAAGCAGCUGAGUGAACUGUGCAGUCUGAAGCCUGAGCAGAUCCUCCUGGCUGAGGUCCACACGUCCAACAUCAAGAACUUUCCUCAGGACAACCAGAAGGUCCGGCUGUCCGUUAACGGCUUCCUGUGUGCAUUUGAGGUCCCAGUGCCAGGGUCACCAACAUCACUGAGCUCACCCUCGCUUACAGAUGUCACCCCGAUAGCAAAUGGCUCCACUGUUAUUGGGAAUGUGGGCAAUAAGCCCGUCCUCAUCCCUAACGGUGGCCCAAGCUCGAUGGUGCCCUGCAGCCCUGACACACCCCUUGGUAAUGGGAUCGCCAAUGGACACAUCACACCGGUGCAGGAGAGCCCCUUCAUUGGAUACAUCAUUGCCAUGCACAGAAAAAUGAUGCGUACAGAGCUUUACUUCCUGUCAUCUCAGAAGAACCGGCCCAGUCUGUUCGGCAUGCCUCUUAUAGUUCCCUGCACUGUCCACACCAGUAAGAAGGACCUGUACGAUGCUGUCUGGAUCCAAGUGUCCCGACUGGCCAGUCCGCUGCCCCCGCAGGAAGCCAGCAACCACGCCCAGGACUGUGAUGACAGUAUGGGCUAUCAGUACCCCUUCACUUUACGGGUUGUGGGUAAGGAUGGCAACUCAUGUGCCUGGUGUCCCUGGUACAGGUUCUGUCGAGGCUGUACAAUAGAGUGUGCAGAGGACAGAGCCUCUAUAGGAAAUGCUUAUAUAGCUGUUGACUGGGACCCCACUGCCCUGCACCUUCGCUACCAGACCUCCCAGGAGAGGAUUGUGGAGGAGCACUGCAGUGUGGAGCAGUCCCGUCGGGCCCAGGCCGAGCCCAUCAGCUUGGACAGCUGUCUGAGGGCCUUCACCAGCGAGGAGGAGCUGGGUGAGGACGAGCUUUACUACUGCUCCAAGUGCAAGACACACCGGCUGGCCACUAAGAAGCUGGACCUCUGGAGGCUGCCACCCAUCCUGAUCGUCCACCUGAAGCGCUUCCAGUUCGUGAAUGGCCGCUGGAUCAAAUCCCAGAAGAUUGUCAAGUUCCCGCGGGAAAAUUUCGACCCCAGUGCUUUCCUGGCUCCCAGAGACCUGGAGCAGCACUCCCUGCACUCCCGCAGUGAGAGCGAGGACCUGCUGAGGGUGGGAGAAGACAACCUGUCCUCCAUCUCUGCCCCUGCUGGUUUCUGCAACCUUCCCAAAGCCUCCCCUGCCUCUAGCAGGAAGUCUGCUCCUUCUCUCAGUCGGACCAACAGCCCUUCAGGCAGCCCAAAGAUCGGCAGCGGAGGUCGCAGGCCGGGCCGACUACGCCUUCCCCAGCUGGGCAGCAGACACCGCCUCUCCAACAGCAAGGAGAACCUGGAUGGAGCUGCUAAUCCAGAGGCGGAACCACGGGACUUUGCACAACUGGCAGACACAGAGGGGAGCGGAGCAGGGACUGUGGCAUGUGGCCUUCCAGGAACAGGAGAGGCGCUGGCAUCAGAAUCAUCGUGCAACACCGAGGCGUCCAGCAGCCACUGUGACGUGGUCCUGGUGAAUGGUGACAGCAACGGGCUGAGUUCAGACUGCAGCACAGAGAGCAGCAUGGACCCGGACCACUCACUGCUACAGCACAGAGACAACAUGUGUCUGGAGGCCAUCUACAACCUCUAUGCAAUAUCAUGCCAUUCUGGAAUCAUGGGAGGAGGCCACUAUGUGACGUAUGCCAAAAACCCCAAUGAGAAAUGGUACUGUUACAAUGACAGCAGCUGUAAGGAAGUGCACUCUGAGGAGAUCGACACCGACUCGGCCUACAUCCUCUUCUACGAGCAGCAGGGCGUCGAAUACUCCCAGUUCCUGCCAAAGAUCGAUGGCAAAAAGAUGGCCGACACCAGUAGCAUGGAUGAAGACUUUGAGUCCGACUACAAGAAAUACUGUGUUCUCCAGUGAUGGCACCCCGUCUUCCAUCAGCCAGCACUACACCUGCUAUCUGCUCUCUGCUGCUGCUGCUACUGCUGCCGCCGCUGCUGCUGCCACUGCUGCCGCUGCUGCUGCUGCUGCUGCUGCUGCUGCUCUGAGCAGGAAGCACCAGGCGUUCAGAUCAUCCUGAGGGAUUCUCACAAACUGCUAAUGACUAGAGUCAGACUGUGGUCAUUGUCCUGCGUCGCAGCACUUUCUACACUCGAUCGCAAACAUGGAUUAGUGCAAACGUUUGCCAAGACGACAAUGAAGCCGUGGUGAAAGCACUAAACUGGUGCACUUUGCUGAGCCUGACAGAACAACACCCCCGCCCCCAACCCCACCCCACCUCAUGGCUACAACCCUCGCCAUAACAUACAUGUAACAUAUACUUGCAUACUUACGCAUCUCUGAAUGUAUGCCAGUAGGGCCAAGUCAUGAAGUGAUGUUGCUUUGUUAUUGUGCAUUUAUCACUUGUGACGCCAGAAUGAAAACAGAUAUUUACACCUGGAGUUAUCAUGUGAUCUGAGCCUGGAUUUCAAGGGGAAAAUAAUGAGAGCGCAAAGUGAGUUCCAGGUGUAAAUGCAAGGCCAAUGAUUGGAUCCACAUAGAGUUUUAAAUGCCAACAGAGUUCAAUAACCUGUGUAUGUGUCAUAUUUGAUGUCACAGGUCAACAUUAUGUUGAAAUUUGGUAUCUAGUUUAUUGGAUAUCGUGGCAAGCUUUUAACAAAAAAAAAAAAAGAAAGAGGUUGUCUCAAGGUUUUAUUAGCGCUAGUGUCAGUUGAGAAAACAUAAGUCAUAUGCUACCUCAUCGCUUCACGCAGUCUGUCAGCCAGCUGUACCCUAAAAGUCUGUGACAGUAUUAAUAAUAAUAAUGAAAAUGCUUCCUUCCAGUGUAGGAGUCAUGGUACAUACAUUUCAGGAAAGCUUCCCCCCAGAAGGGUCUCCCCUCUUUGUAGGACACCUACACAGGUCCUGAUGUGGACAUGAAAUCAGGCAUUGUUGCCACAACUGUGUUUCACCCCGCAGCUGCCAAAUAUCAGUGGUGAUUUGUGCAAUGUUGACCUGUGUGUACCCAUAACUUCUCAGACACUCUAAAAGCUUCAGUGUGAGUCAAUUUGUUUAGGACAGGUGCCAUGAUCUCAAAAGAGAGACCCUGAAAGAAUAAUAUACAGUAUACAUUGAAUUUUCUUUCUUCUUUUUUUUUGAUUGUUCUUUUAUAAAAGAUUAAUUUUAUUGUUGUUAUUAUUUUUCUUACGGCAGGUUUCUUAGGAGCCACUUCAGGUUAGGAAUGGAUAUAUUCAUCUCAAAGAGACACCAAGCAGCGUCAAGCUUAUCUUGGCAGCACUGUGGCACCUUUCACCUGCUGCAAUUCUCAAACUCAGCCGUUACACUAACGUUCACACACUCCCAUAUAACAAUCCACAAACAGUUGGGAUAUUUGGGAUCCCUUUAUCACAGUUACAGAAUGAUUUUACCCAUCUUUUUGACAUAAUAUUGGUUAAAGAGUAACUUGACAGUACUCAACCAAUUCAGCAUCGCACGUUUGUAACACUGUUGGAUAUACGAUGGGCGGUUAAAAAGCAAAAAGCAUCAAAACGGAUGCAGCAGAGAUAUCAUCUUUUUUUCUUAUUUUGUGCAUUCUUCUUUCUUGUCAAAAUCUGCCACCUCCUGCAUGACCCACAGUGCAGCUCGAAAGCCACCAGCAGUGACGUCACUUGAGGCAAUUUAUCAGACUUCAGACAGCUCCCUCUGGAACCACAAAAGGCUUUAUACGAGGCUCUUCACAGCAUGCAGUAGAACGCCCACACCUGGAAACAGAUUUUGGCUCGAGAAAUUGAUGGAGUUCCCCAGGCUGCAACUAAGAAUCUCACUGCCCUCUCUAGUUGAAAGACUAAGCCUGUUUCUUGUGCUUUGCUGCGCUUUGAAUCCCCAGCAGUAAUUUAACUGUACAUCACUGCAGCUCGGCGAAUUAAACCGAAAGUCUAACAGAAACAAGUUUUUUGGGGGGUGGGGGUGAGUUACUCUUUAAUGACCACCUAUUACGCAUCUGUGUGACUGUAGAGUUUGUGCUCUCAUGCACCUUGUGGUACACUUGAUUUUCAAGGUGGCACCCUGCUGUGGAAGCUUCAGUAACACUUGAGUUUUACGGGUCUCAAAUCUCAAAGAUCCCUCAGGCUCCCAGGCUGUCCUGGGUCACACAUUUGUUUGGGGAUAUGGGCCUUUAAAUCCUUAACAUUUAAAUAAACGUUAAACCCCUGUGUCACUUAAAUAGUGCAUAUUCCUAAAAAAGAAGAAAAAAAAUGUUUUAGUUAAUUAAUUGAUUCACUUGUUAAGUGCUCUGUCCAAUGGGAAGAGGCCCACAGCCCAUUUUAACCCUAUGACCCCCUUAUGGGGUUAUCUGGCCCUGAUGGGUCCCAUAGACCCAGCAGUUCCCUAAAUGGAAGUUACUGUAAGGUUAUGAGUAAGAAUUAUACAGUUUGUUCAAAUUUAUUCCAAAGUGAAUGGAAACGGUGUUCAAUCAGUACACUUCCACUUAAUUCAUUCCAGCUCAUCACUAGUGUAACUCAGCAGUACAUGAACAUACAUUUCAAAAUGUAUGAAGAACAAAGUUUCCAAUAUCAAACUAAAAAUGCAUGAAUAUUUGCUGUGUAUUUAAAGUAAACAUGUGUUGUUUCUGAGACAUUCUGCUGGAAAUCAAAUGGUUGAUAAGAUUUCAGACCUGUAUGUUGUAGUGUUACCAAAACUUCCAUCCCUGUGAAAAGGCCCACUGUUAUGAGACGGUUUAAGUGUGCUGUUCUGUUGAGGGAUCCACUCUGUAAAAGCUUCACUGCAUCACUGGACCCAGCAUUUAGAUGAUAAUCUGUUCUGUGCGUGUUUAUUAUUGGUUUCAUGUGAAUUCUGGCAAAAUCCGGUCGUCCUGUUCUCUAAAAAUUGGCUGCUUGAUGUGACUGUUGAGGUUAGGUUGAAAUGAACAAACCGGCGUGAGCGGCAGAGCUCUGUGUCUGCUGUGUAGCAGCAUGUGUGGAGCUCCCCCAGCGCGGGGCUCGGUCGAAUCACUGUGAACAGACAGCGACUCCCGACGAGUCUCCACUUUGUCUUCUAGAUCACAGGAGACAAAUCUCUGUGCUCGCCCCUUUUUAGCUGCUGUAUUUAUGGAUGUAUUUGGAGAGAUAUUUGUCGCUGAAUGAAAGUUUAUUUUCCUUUGCAGAGUACAUUUGUUGAACAAAUGGAAAUGUACAGAUGAGUGCUAUUUAUGUUUGCUCGCUCCACACUCUUUUUUUUCCUCCACCCUCCUGCCUUUGCACCGCGCUGUAGACGAUGUCCAGAUUGUGUCCAUGUUGAAAUGUCAUCACAUGGCUCAAAGGGAAAGUUUGUCUCUUGAGAACCUAGUUUGUAAUGUUUGCUUCAUUUAACGGUGCAAUAGCUGUCAACUUUUUUGGUAACACUUGACUUUACAGGUCUGCAAAUUUCAUGGUAAGUAGGUGGUAAUCAUCGAGUAAAUUAUUGGACAUGUCUGUGGAAUUACCUCCAUAUUACCAUCAUAUUUACUUUUGAAUUGAAACAAUAUCAUUUAAUUAUGAUGUUCUAGGAUUUUAGCAAUUAGUAAUUUGUGAUUUCUUCCAAGAAGCACUCUAGUUUUGGGGCAGAAAUGUUAAUGAGUAUUCUUCUUAAAUAAACUGUCAUUGUUUUCAGAGGAUCCUGCCACCUUUCUAGUUCAAACAGUAUUCUGGGACCUUAUUUUCCUCUGACAACAGCUUGUUUAUUCACCAGUGGAAAAUAUGCAAGUUUAUAAGUUUGUAUUAUAACCUCAUCAAUAUUGUAAAAUCUGAGUUUGAUCUCCUCCUCCAAAACUACACAGUGCCCCAACACUUUCAGAAACACUAGUUUCUGUCUAACUUCUGCUCAGCAGACCACAACAUUGACGUGAAUUCAUGUAACUUUAUUUCUAACUAGUUCUAGAACUUCUGCGUGCUGCUUAGUUUAAGUGAAUUUUUUAACCUUUUAUAUUUUCACUAAUGUCUGUAUAAUUUCAGCGGCUCAUUCCAACUUUGCAACAAAUUUCCCAAUUAUCAAUGUUUUUAUUGUAAGCCACCAAAAAUGUCCUACUUUUAAGAUUGCCUAAAAAACUUUUAAUCACAGAAAAAGUUAAAUGCCACUUUUUAAUAUUUUGAGACAACAUUACAGAAAACAACCGCAAAAUAAAGCCACAGCAACUCACUUCAAUUUAGUGGCCUGCUGAGCAAAAGUUGGACAGAAACUAGGGGGAAAGUAUGGAGGCCGUGACCUGUAACUGUAAAGAAAUUAGCAGCCAUAUCAACUGCUUCUUGGAAAACCACAGAGUAUUACUAAAAGACAAUAUUGAGAGUAAUUUAAAUCGAUUUUUAGGUGCAUAUUGCGGUAAUUUGGGGAUCAUUUCAAAGAAGUUUCAAUGAAGCAAGUUGACAAUUUCCACUUACAAUUUCUACUUACCGUGAAAUGUGCUGACCUGUAAAAUUAAGUGUUACCUUUGUUUUGUUUUUGUUUUUUUGUUUUUUUUUUUUGCUGUGAAUUUUUACUCAAACAACUACUUGUAUAAUGCUAAGCUUACACACCUGUACACAACUGUACUAGCAAAAACACGAUUAAAAGUUGGGGCUAAUUUCAGCACAAUUUUCAUAAUGCAGGAACGAGGAUUUUCUGCCCUAAAGAACUGAACUUGAAGUUGAAGAACUUGAGUUAAAAUUGUGCAAAAACGGAUCCUGUGAACCGCGGGGAUGAUAUGUAAAGACCCUCACCAGAAGCCCUGCCCACAUGGCCCCACCCCCCAGAAGUAUAGUCAGGCAGGCAGUGCAAUCUACUACUGAGCUGUCUGUCACUGUCUGUAGCCUCUUUUUAUUUAAGUUCAUUUCUGUCAGAUCUGAACCGGAGUUUGUUAAUUUAAAGAACUUUUUUUGUAACGUGUUUGUUGAAAGAAAGUGACAUUGCACUGACGUGAAAACAUGUACAUAAAAAGAAAAAUGUGUUUUGUAAAUAAGCCAAUGAAAACUAUGUAUUUGAAUAUGAACUGUACAAAAUACUGUACUUGUAGUUGUAUAUGGAGUGAUACUGUUGAUCUGUAACAAAAUACCCAAGCAACAAAUUAAAUUCUGCAGAGGAAACGACAA